AACGUUUAAGCAAAACAGAAAAACAAGAAGUCACUUUGGAAUUUUAUUACCCCUUCUGAGAAAGAUUUGACAUAUGCAUGCUAUUUUGAUGGAUUACCUGAAGUGAAUGUGGCAUACUGACCAAAAACCCUUAUGAAUUCAAAAGGAAUCGGAGAUACAGUAUUGACAAAAAGUACAUGAUACAAUCCUCAAAAAAAUUAAUAUGGGCUCUAGUUGUUUUGCCUUUAGUUUUUAUUAGAAAAAUUGAAUCUGUUGCCUGCCAAUCAAAUAAGGCAGCUAGAUUUCUUCAUAGUAAGCAUAUUUAAAUUAUGGGAUCCCAAAAGGACUCAGAGUCCCCCCAUUCUUCUAUUAGUGGAUUGCCUAAUCCCAAAUGCCGUAGUGGCAAGAGGCACAAGGAUUUCAUUUCAUUUCUUCAGUGGGAAAGUCUCGGUCCUCGGCCCCCAGCUGGCUUGGGCAGUGCCAUUAGCAUUUCAGAAAAUGUUUUGCACCCUCUGUGUAUAGAAACACCAACAGAUCUUGCAGUCUUGGGAAGCCAGAACACAUUGGAUUCAUCUGAAGGAUUGGAAAAUGCUACUUGCAGUGAAGAUAUGCUGGAGUGUCCACUUUGUUUGGUAGACAGCCCCAAGAGAAGGUGCCUAAUCAUGACUUGCAGCCAUCGUUCUUGCCUGGCUUGUCUAAGACAGUACCUGCGUAUUGAGAUUACAGAGAGCCGUGUAAACAUUAGCUGUCCUGAGUGUUCAGAGCGUUUAAACCCGCAUGAUAUACGCCUCAUCCUGGAUGACCCCGUCCUUAUGGAUAAAUAUGAGCUGUUUAUGCUACGCCGCUACUUGGCUUCUGAUCCUGACUGCCGGUGGUGUCCAGCACCAGACUGUGGGUUUGCAGUUAUUGCAUAUGGCUGUGCCAGUUGUCCAAAACUCACCUGUGGGCGCCAAGGGUGUGAAACAGAAUUCUGUUAUCACUGCAAGCAGGUAUGGCACCCAAAUCAGACCUGUGACACGGCGAGACAGCAACGAGCAAACAGCAUGCGGGUCCGCACUAAGCAUACUUCUGGUUUAAGCUAUGGGCAAGAAUCUGCCACAGAUGACAUUAAACCAUGUCCUCGUUGUGGUGCUUAUAUUAUCAAGAUGAAUGAUGGUAGCUGCAAUCACAUGACCUGUGCUGUUUGUGGCUGUGAGUUCUGCUGGCUAUGCAUGAAGGAGAUAUCUGAUUUACACUACUUGAGUCCUUCAGGAUGCACAUUCUGGGGCAAAAAACCCUGGAGUCGCAAGAAAAAGAUUUAGUGGCAGCUGGGCACACUUAUUGGCGCACCUGUGGGCAUCACAUUGAUAGCUGGGAUUGCUGUUCCUGCAAUGAUCAUUGGCAUUCCUGUAUAUAUUGGCAGGAAGAUCCAUAGUCGCUAUGAUGGAAAGAAGACUUCAAAGUACAAACGCAAUCUUGCUAUAACAGGAGGUGUUGCACUAUCGGUUGUUGCAUCGCCUGUUAUUGCAGCGGUAUACUAUUUGUGCUGAUCUGCAGGCAUUGGAGUACCCAUCAUGUUGGCGUAUGUUUAUGGAGUAGUACCAAUUUCACUAUGUCGAGGAGGGGGAUGUGGUGUAAGCGAGGUGAAUGGAAAAGGAGUCAAGAUAGAAUUUGAUGAAGAUGAUGGACCAAUCACAGUGGCAGAUGCAUGGCGGGCUUUGAAGAACCCAAGUCUUGGUGAAAGUAGCAUUGAGGGCUUAACCAGUGGCCUGAGUACAAGUGGUAGUCCUACAGAUGGGCUUAGCAUGGCACAAGGAGGCUAUGGGGAGACUGGCAGUUUCACAGCUCUUUCUGGAGGAACUCUUGGCACGAACAAGGGCAAAUAUAGAAGGUGA